GGGCGCUAGGUUCUUUCGGGAUUUGGCCAUCCAUAACUCCCAAUUUCCUAUUUCCCUCUUCCCUCUUCCCUCUUCCCUUCCCAAGUUCGCAGUUCGCAAGUUACAACUUCGCCGGCAGCUGUCGCUCCCUGACUCCCAUUAACAGUUCGGGGCAGUUCAGUUCCCUUCAGCUUCACCUUCCCUUCCCAGUUCCCUUCCCACUUCGCAGUUCUCACACAGUCGGCGACGGCGAGUUCAAAUCUCCUGUUCCAGAUCGGCAGAUCCAGUCUUCCCCUUCGGACUUCGGCUUCCACCUUCCCAACUUCGCAGCUCGCACUCUCGCAGACUCGCAUGGUUGAGCCAUUCUCGCUGCCAUGGCAGCUGAACCAGUUGUUCAAGAUCAAAGAAAACACACUUUGGAGGCAUUAGAACGCAGGUUUGCUGUUGCCAAAGCUGAGCUUACUCAACAACAGCAUAAGAACAAGCGGCAAUUUCGUGAAGAUCAGAGAGACAUUCAUAGCAUCGGUUCCUCAUCCACUGGUCCUUCAUUACAUCUAACUGAUGCAUCAAUCUCACCCAGCCCAACUGCCUCAUCUAAGAAAGGGAAUUUUUCCUUUUCGGGCUAUACAACAUUACAAGAUGCAGAAGCAACUGGUCCGGCGUAUAGUCAGCUCUCUCACCCUGUACAUGAGAAUCUGUUGACAGAAAAUGUUAAGAUGUCUAGCAGAACAGGGAGCACAGUUAAUAACAUUUUGCAUGAGAUGCUACAGAAAGGUGAUUCAGCUCAGAAAUACAUGCAGGGAUCUAAAAGUUUGAAAAUUGAUAAUUGGAUCCUUCUUGAUAAUUUUAUACAAGGACGUGGUGCAUCUUAUGCGGCUUGCACCAAGGUUUUGCAAAACCAAUCAAAGCGUUCAAAAAAACACUUGUCCAUAAGCCAACAUAAAAAGCUUGGAUCAUUUGAUUUGCCUCAGGAGCUCCAUAAGAAAAAUCAGUUGGCUCAAUGUCUUCUCAAUGCAGACCUACAUGGUGCUAUAAUUCUAGUUGUUGAGUGUAAAAUAUCUGCCUUCACUGGAGCAAGGGGUAUUAUGAUUCGUGAAACUGCAGAAACUUUUGGGAUAAUUUCACAAGACAAUAAAUUUCGAGCUUCCAGGUGCCCAUAAUGAACUCUGGUGCAUAAUUGAGCAAAGACAAGGGUAUCAAAUGUAUUUUUCUUAUCUAUUCUGAAUUGAUUCGCUCCUGCUGCUAGGUAACAAAAAUAGGUACUCAAUGAUGAGGUGAUUCAUGAAGAGCCUGAUUUUUAGGUUACACCUUUGUUAAUAUUCAAUGCUGACACUGUCUAAUUUUAUAUAUAUAUAUAUAUAUAUAUAUCUCUGUGAGUGUGAGUGUGUGUGUGUGUGUGUGUGUAUAAACAUGCACACAUGCUGAUAUACUGCACUCCAUACCCUUGUAAUGAACACACGUGCGUGCACACACCUGGGGUUCAUAUCAAGUUUGGGAUCACAAAACUCCUAACAACAUGCACCCCUUUUUAAGUGCGGUGCAUAUAAUAUGUAAUUCAGCUUGUCUAUGUUCCAGUUUGUAGAAAGGGCUGUAAUGUAAAUUCAUGACCGUGCUGCUUUUCAAGAUCAGCCUACUCUCAAUGUUAGCCUUUUUGCUUAAUAAAAUUUUAAAGGGGCUGCGCAUGCAGUCUUGUAGCUUUUCCAUAAAACAUAUUACCUCAAAAUUUUUUUUGAUAACAAAAAAUGAAUCUAUUAAUUAAGAGAAAAGUUACAGAGAAUGGAGGACAAGACAUUGCCUCGAUGUUGCCCCUCAAUUGCAAAAAAACUGGACUGAAUACAUUUGAUAGUUCAUUGUAUGCUAGUGGCAAUUUUCUUUCAUAGGACAAUCUUUUCUAUGAAGUCAGAGUGUGAAGCUCUAGAUAUGUGAAUUUUUUGAAAAAUUAAUUUCUGGACAACAUUAAAGUUUGGAACUCUAAAUAUGUUUUAUAAAAUAUGCUUUCUAAAAUUUUGGUUCGUGGUCCAGUGGGUUCUUUAAUCUAAGUUUCUAACAUAAAAGAUCUGUUUUUAAAACUUUUUAGAAGAAAAAUUGAACAUAUUAGAGUGGGUAGAGGAAGUUUAAGAAGAGUAAGUGGUUAUUAGGAUGUCAUAGUUGCAGACAUGGGAGUGGGGAAGAGAAUUGGGGGUGUUGUGGGAGAGACGUGCUCUCAUUUUUGGAUUCUAAAGAAUUUGAAACUCCUUAAAUGAGAGAGAUGUGCUCUCAUUUUUGGAUUCUAAAGAAUUUGAAAAUCUUUAAAUUAUUUUUAUUUGCAGCUUCAUCUCUUCAUUCUAAAUGCCUUCUGUUGAUGGUAUGGACUCUUAAUGAAUAUUUUUUCUUGAGUGAGAAUGAGACCAGGAGACCAGAGGGUCUCACUUUCUAUAAUCACAAAUAUAUGAACUUCACAUCGAAGAUGAGGUUUAAGGCACGCUUCAUGAAACUCAACAAAUAUCAAGCAUAAAUAAAGGUGGUUAAGUUCAUCGGUUGAAGUUCAAACUAUUUUCCAGUUGCCACUAUCUGAGCCCUGGGGUUUGAGCUAUGAAAAGCCUCAUAGGGCUAUGGAAGUUUUUUUUAACAUAUUUGGUACGUGAAUUUUGAGUCCAUCUAGCGGCAGAAUUUCUGAUGAUCCAAACCGUUUUCCUUUAUAGUUGUGCCCAAGAAAGUUUCAGUCUUUAUAUUCCAAGUUGAUUGCUGGAAAAUUACAUUGAAUGGAGACAAACUCACUUCGAGAACUUUGCGCUCCUCAUAAUAUUGAUCACUGCGCCUCAG